CAGCAGUCUGCUAGAUGCUCGCGGAAGAGGCGCACGCUUCUGCAAAUCUGGAGGCUCUGCGGGCUGCGCUGUCGCGCUUCUGUGCGUUGUUCUUUAGCAGCAAGACGUGCAGUUACAUGAACCUUUGUCAGUUUUACAUGAUGAACUACGACAGAAAGAGAAGGGUUGCGCGUAAGUGUUGCCCCUGUGAAGUCGGAGAUUAUUCACGUACUUGUCCAACUGUCGGACGGGUGGGAGCAAGAGAAGGCAUGACCGUCAUCAGAAAGCAGUACAGGGCAUCAUCUUGCCGUCACCGUCGCAGCCGCGGCAGGAAGCGCAACGCAACCUUGGACAAGAUGUCCACUUUAGUUGAAGGGAGAAAUUACUCUCCCGGCACAACGCCUGCGCCCAAUAGGCAACCUGUGAAGUCGAUCGUCCUCAAACAGGAGCAUUCACCUUGUAGACGUUGUUUUGAAGACGCCGUGAAGCCCAGAGCGUACAGCGUCCGUGACCGGCUUCUUCGAGGGCAGAGCCUUUCUCUCCUGUUUCCCAACCAGCCAAUGAACAUCUGCAGUCAGCCUUGCGUAAAAAAGGAGGCGCCCAGCCCACCUUCCAGAGCGCAGCUCAUGAAAAUCUGCAGCCAGCCUUGCGUAAAAAAGGAGGUGCACAGCCCACCUUCCAGCGCACAGCCAACGAACAUCUCCAGCCAGCCUUACGUUAAAAAGGAGGCACCCAGCCCACUUCACAACGCACAGCCAACGAACAUCUGCAGUCAGCCUUGCAUAAAAAAGGAGGCCCCCAGCCCAUCUUCCAGUACACAGACUUCCCGCAUAGCAUGGCAGCUACGGCUGCCAAGAGAGAUGCUGAGCCUGCCUUCCGCAGGCGUGGCGUUGGAGGGAUGCAAGGAGGACAUCACUGCAAGGCCCCUGCGGCCACACUUCCCACAUCUCUUCACAUUCGGCGCCUUCACGCACGACAUCCUGCUCUAUUAACAGUGUGUCGGCAGUGGUGGUACCUUUUGUAUAGUGCGCGUAUUAUAGGACAGGUACGUGCAUUUCCUUUUAGCGAAGACCGCUUUUUUUCGAACAAGGCUUCAAACACUGUACGUAAUAAUAAAUGACGCCUACAGUGAGGCGUUUACUGUUUACCGAUA